AUGUCGCUAGCUGAUCAACAGCCCGACGCCGGCUCACCAACUCGUCCCUGGUCAUCCUGGACCAACAACUCCCUUUUUGCCGAUUCCGCCAUUAGUGUAAGGACGAGAACUCCAGGCCCACCGUUCGAGGAGUUGAAGUCUUUUGACACGCACGGCGCGACGACAGAUCCCGGAAUAGCCGACCGUCUCAAGGGUUUCGUCGCUGAGAUCUGGGCUUGGGAGCAAGAAGGUGCUAUCAGUGGAGAUAAGAGGAGGAGGCUCGAGGGAGCGAUUGACGAGAUUGAGGCGGCUCUGGUGGAGGAGGACACAAAUGUCGAAGAAAUCAAUGCUGAAACAACCACACCUCGGUCGGAGCCCGUGAGCGAUCAAGAUCUCGAACACAUUCGUACGAGCCUUGCGUCCACGGUGGAAGCGAUGCGUAUGAGACAACAGGAGCAGCGACACCUCCAUCAACUGACGAUCGAAAAGCUAGAGGUGGUCGCGCAACGGUGCAUACAACAGGAGAGGCGCCUGCGAGAAUUCUCGGCAGAGAUUGUUCUCCUCAAAGAGCAAAACCACCGGCUGAUCCAAGACAAUGCAAGGAUUACCAGUCAGCUGGAUCAAACUCAGACCGAGUCUGCGAGAAAAGAUCUUGCGGUUGACGCGAUGUCCAGUGCAGUUGCCGGUUUGGAGGGGUGGAUUAAUAGUUCUGCGCCAGCUCGCACCCCCCGAAUGGUCGUAACGAGAGGUCGUGGAAGGUUUCGUGGUCGCUAUUAUGUGGAAGACCCCGGUGAUGCGCCGCCUGGCACUGGCGGCCAUGAUGCGAAAUUGCACGAAGGUGUCACGGCGUGGCUCCGUGGGUUUCGAGACGUACAGGAAGAAUUGAGAUCCUCCCAAAAGGGUCUGCUCUCUAGACCGAAGGAAUUCCACGGCGGCUCCGAGGAUGCGGAAGAUGACUGGGGAGAGUUCGAGAGCGUCGCUGGGAUGUGA